AUGAGUGAUAAUACGGGAGUCACCGUGCCUGUUGUGAUUGAGCCAGGCGAGUGCCUGGUGAGCACGGUCGUGGAGGAUGUCUCGCAUCAGUUAGGCCAGACAUCUCUCGGGGGAAACGGCGACGAAGGUUCAACAACACCAGCGUUGGAAACUCCAGUUGUUAUUGUUGCCCCUCCGGUUCGAGUGGACAAAUUGAAAGGAAAUGGUAAUAACCACGAUUCCAGCUUUUGUGUAAGCGAAGAAGAGGGCGGUGGACACCAGGACUAUUCAGAUGAAGGCGAUGGGGAUCAUUCCGGCAACAACAGCAGCAUUCCAGACAUGGUUUUAGAUGUAGACUCCUUGAUUGAUUCACCAGACGAGGAACUACAGCAGAAAAUCAUUUCCUUAGUUGAGUAUUACUUUUCUGAUGAAAGUAUCUUGAAGGAUGCGUUUUUACUUAAGCAUGUGCGAAGAAAUCGUUUCGGCUUUGUGAGCCUCAAGUUGAUAACCUCUUUUAAGAAGAUGAAAGCACUGACUAGAGAUUAUCGUGUUGUUGCCUAUUGCCUGAAAGCCUCUGAAAAACUAGAACUAAACGAUGAAUGUACAAAAGUGCGACGAAAGGACCCAUUACCAGAUUAUGAUGAAACUGUUCCAUCAAGAACUGUGGUUGCCCUGAAUUUACCACUUGAAAAUCCAACUAUGGAAAAUAUGGCAGAAAUAUUCUCAAAGUGUGGUUCUGUGAGUAAUUUUAGAAUUUUGCGUCCCGGGUGUUCUAUUCCAAGUGAUCUACACAAAUUUGCAUGCAAACAUCCAGAACUAGGGUCUUCAAUGUGUGCUGUUGUUGCCUUUGAAAAUUAUGAACAGGCACAAAAAGCUUGUGAAAUUCUCACCAACAAUGAGGAUUGGAGAAAAGGUAUGCGAGUUGUUCCCCUUAUGGUUCCGAAAAAGAAAGACGACAAAGAUAAAAAAGACAAGAAGGAGAAAAAGAAAAAUGAUGGCAAUGGUGAUGACAUCUCAGCUGAAGAAGGUUCAGCUGAUGACAAAAAGAGACGCAGACGAGGUGGCCGUAAGAAAAAGACCCGUGUUGAUGAAUUAACACGCGACUCUUCAUGUUACAGCAGUGGGUCUGAAGGUGAUUCUCCAUCAAAGGCCACCAUCUCACCAACCAAUAAAUACCGCAGUGGUGAUCACCUGAGCCCAAAUUUGACACCCUCUAGAGGUCAUACCAGUCCUUCUGGAAGUCCUCACAACCGACGCAAAGGUCAUGGGAAAUCACCAUUAGCAGAAUCAACAGGUCUCAGUCCUCGGAGUAGUCCAGAAACAAUGCGACGAGGUAUAGAUUCAUCUGGUGGAGACAGCACUCCGUCAAGCCCAUGGGUGCAGAGGCGCCUUAGAGUUGCCCAAGAAAAGAUAGGCGGCAGUCCCCUGGGCAGCCCUCUUUUGGGAAGACGCAAUCCAGACGGUACUCUCAUGGCGGGAUCAAUACCAAGAAUGCUGGACAUGACAAAUGUGAUGCGUCAGCCCAAAGGCCCUGAUAGUUCCAAGGGGUUUUAUGGAGGCAUAGGCCGGGGAAAACCACGUGCCAGCACCAUUGCUUGA